AUGGUUCACAUAUCUUCCAUUCUCGUUCCCUUCCUUGCCGGUGCUGCCAUUGCCAGCCCGGCACGCAGCAUCCUGGGACGUCAAGUCUCUGGCGGUAAUGCUACUCUCGCUGUCACUGGUAUCAGAUACACUGGAGAGGGCUGUCCCGUUGGAUCUCUGAGUGGGAAUCUCGACCCCAACGGCAGCUUUGAUGUGUUGUAUGAAGCCUUGAACACCACGAUCAAAGCUGGAGACUACAAAGUAAAGGUCAAAUGUCAAAUCGAAGUCGAUAUCCAGACAGCUGCGGAGCGACAGCUGGUUAUUCUGAGUGGAACCUACAAGGGACACGUCAGAUUGACCGAAGGCGCCUGGGCCAAGAACCAAAACCAAUACAAGUUCAAAGGAAGCCCGGGCACCAUCAACAUGGAAUGGCCGUUCAAAGCACCUAUUGAUGCCGCCACCGAGUUUACCAACAACCUUUCCACCGAGUUUCGGUCUGGCUGCAACUCUAACGGAGGCAAGUUCACGAUGAUCAUCAACAACUACUUGAGCAUGAGCAGCGAUGGGCCGGGCGAGGGUGAGAUCUCUAUCACGGAACUUGAUGGCGUUGUCAAGCAGUCAACCAAGCUAGCUACUGCAAAAUGCCCGUAG